AUGACUACACCAUCCACAUCCUCCGAUGCCUCUUCAACGAGUAGACCCAAGCAAUUUAACCUUCGCAACCCUCUUCCGCUCUCAGCCCCCCAAGAACAAGAAGUAAAACUGCUUUACUACAAGCGUGUACGGGCCCAUUGCGCCCCCGAGAUUAAAGCAUUUGCCGAGUGCGCCGUUAACCGUACCGUCACUGCCACAUGGGUCUGCCGGCAACAGCGCCUCGCAAUGAACUCAUGCAUGGUUGCUCACGCAAAGCCGGAAGAAGAGGACCGCGCACGCGAGGAGUGGUUCGCUUCUUUUGAAGAGAGGCGACGGGCGCGCGAGGAAGAGCUCGCGCGUGUCGAGAAGCGCCGAGCUGAGGUUAUUAGUAUGAUGCGCAAUGAUGAAGCUCGGAGGCGAGAGGAGGGUAAAUGA